GGCUCCGCUCCGCUCCAUGCGGCUGCCCCGGGUGGGCGGCAGCGGCCGGCGCCCCCCGCCCCGGCAUGGCCCGAAUCUCCGUCAAAGAGCACCUGGACGGGAUCCUCUCCGACUUCGAAGCGCUCAAGAAGUCGUUUGAGGCGGAGGAUGGGGACGAGGCGCGCAGCUCCCCCCCAGCGUCCCCGCUGCCACCGAGCAUCGCCGAGAGCCGCCGGCCCCUGCAGCCCAGCCCCUCCCCCGCUGCCAGCCCUGUGCUGCACGGCCGCUGCACCCCCCGAGCCAACGGCCCCGCCGGCUCCGGCAUCACCCGCGCCGCCUCCUUCCAGAGCCACCACGGCUUCGGUGCGGGGCCGGGCAGCGACGGCGAGAGCCUGCGCAGCUCGUCCUCCAGCCUGGAGAGCCCCGCGCCCACCGGGCCCCCCCAGCCCCCCGGCACCCCCCCGGCCCCAGGCCCCGGGCUGAGGAAGGUGCCGUCCCACGGCAGCGUGUUCCCGGCGGAGCCGGAGCAUCCCCUGCGCGGGGUCACGGCCGGCCACGGCUCCCUGCCGGCGCUGGACCUGCACAUCGCCGAGGAGCCGGCCACGGGGACCCCCCCGGCAGAGCCCCCGCCUUGGGGCACCCAGAGCCCCAAGCCCCAGCAUUGUGCCCCCCAGCCCUGCUCCUCCCCAGCCCCGUGCCCUGGCCCCAAGGGGCUGUCGGGGGGGUGGGACGCAGCCCCCUGUGCCCUGCUCCGGCCGCAGCUGCGGAGCAACUCUGCCCCGGCCCCCCAGGCCGCCCCCUUCAAGCUGGUGUCGCAGCCGCAGACGGUGCAAGUGAGCUCCCAGCCAGCCUUCCUGGGGGGGCUGGUGCUGCUGCCAGCCCUGGGCACGCCGGGGGGAGCCAGGAGGAGCCCCCCCUGCGCCGGGCUGGCAGGACGGCGGGGACCCUGUGCCAUGACGGUGGCUCGGCUCGAGGCAGCGGGAGAUGGGUGCUGCAGCCCGGGGACACCCCGCGCAGGGAGCAGCCUGGAGCCCCAGGAGCUCAGCAUGGAGCCGCCGGCUGUGCCGCGGGAGGAGGAGGAGGAGGAGGAGGAGAAGGUGCCCCGCAGCGCGGUGCCCGGCCCGGAGGGGUGUCAGCUCUUCGGUUACGUGGGGAUCGAUGCUGUGCUCGACCAGAUGAAAAUCAAAACCAUGAAGAUGGGCUUCGAGUUCAACAUCAUGGUUGUGGGGCAGAGCGGGCUGGGCAAGUCCACCAUGGUGAACACCCUGUUCAAGUCCAAGGUGAGCCGCAAAGCCUGGCAGCCCGGCCAGCCCCAGCGCAUCCCCCAGACGCUGCAGCUCCAGACCGUCACCCACGUCAUCGAGGAGAAGGGUGUGAAGAUGAAGCUGACGGUGACGGACACGCCAGGGUUUGGGGACCAGAUCAACAACGAGAACUGCUGGGACCCCAUCAUCAAGUACAUCAACGAGCAGUACGAGAGGUACCUGCGGGAGGAGAUCCUCAUCACCCGCAAGAGGAACAUCCCCGACACCCGCGUCCACGGCUGCGUCUACUUCGUCCCCCCCACAGGUCACUGGCUGCGCCCACUUGACCUGGAGUUCAUGCGGCGGCUCAGUAAGAUCGUCAACGUGGUGCCGGUGAUCGCCAAAGCCGACACGCUCACCCUGGAGGAACGGGCAGAGUUCAAGCAGAGGAUCCAGGAGGACCUGAAGGCUCACGCCAUCAGCGUGUACCCGCAGGAGGACUUCGACCAGGACCCGGAUGACAGAGCUCUGAACGACAGCAUUCGGGAGAAGAUCCCCUAUGCCGUGGUGGGCGCAGACCAGGAGCACCAGGUGAACGGCAAGAGGGUGCUGGGCCGCAAGACCAAGUGGGGCAUCGUCGAAGUGGAGAACCCGGCGCACUGCGAGUUCCCCCUCCUGCGGGACCUGCUGAUCCGGUCGCACCUGCAGGACCUGAAGGACAUCACCCACAACGUGCAUUACGAGAGCUACCGCGUGCGGCGGCUGCGCCAGAGCCAGCGCCCGGCGCUCAGCCCCCCCAACGGGCUGCCCCCCAAGGCCGAGGGCAGCGGCGGCCCCUGAGCUGCUGUGCCCGUCCCCUGGGUCCUGCCCGGGGUGAGGAGCCCCCCACGAGUGCCCUGGCUUGAGCUCCCCCCGGCCCCUCACCCGCGUGGGCACAGACCUCCUCCAUCCCAGACCCUGCACAGCAUUAACGGUCAACCCCGAGCCUUCAGCCUUCACCAUCCUCACCCUCCUGCCGGGCCCUCCUCCUCCUGCUGUGCCACCACCUUCCUGCCUGGCUCUGGCUGCAGAGGCUGUGGGGUGCCGCCCCCCCGGUGCCGCCGGGGUGCCGCUGCCCUGCUGGGGCGCGGCGUGGCCGGGGCGGGCAGGGGGCAGGUGCCCUCCCCACGGUCACCCCACCGGCCCUGCCCGCUGACGGCAGCUGCCGCGGACGGACUUUGAGCCGCUUAUCGGCGCCGGAGGUGCCGCCCGGCAGGGUGUGGGGGGGAAACACCCGGCUGCCCCCCUCUAGGGCACCCCCCUGCCAGCGGCACCCCGGCUGCACCCCGCCGGCUGCCGGCCCCGGCGCAGCGCUGGGGAUGAGGGUGCCGGGGUUCCGCUCCCCUCGGGGUGCAGCAGCGUCCCCUUUGUGCCUCCCGCUGCGGGCAGGGCCGUGGCACG